UUAAAACACCCGUUGGGUCCCGCCACCACCCGCCCUCACUCCAUCAGCUUCAAACACCGGCGCUACACUUUGCUAUAUAUAAUCGCACGCCAUAACCCACUCUCCACUCAAACACCCACUGCUCUCUCUCUCUCUCUCUCUCUCUCUCUCUCACAUCAAAUAGAUCAAACGGUCUCUGUGCUUGGUUUAGUUCUGUAAUUAAAGCGAAAAUGGAGGGCAAGGAAGAGGAUGUCAAGUUGGGGGCCAACAAGUUUUCGGAGAGGCAGCCGAUUGGGACGUCGGCUCAGACCCAAGAUGAAGGCAAGGACUACAAGGAGCCGCCACCGGCUCCGCUGUUCGAGCCCGGUGAGCUGACGUCAUGGUCGUUUUACAGGGCUGGGAUCGCCGAGUUCAUCGCCACCUUCCUUUUCCUGUACAUCACCAUUUUGACGGUGAUGGGCGUCGUCAAGUCUCCGUCAAAGUGCUCGACGGUCGGGAUUCAAGGGAUCGCUUGGGCUUUCGGCGGUACCAUCUUCGCCCUAGUCUACAGCACCGCCGGCAUCUCAGGGGGUCACAUAAACCCGGCGGUGACGUUCGGGCUGUUUUUGGCCCGGAAGCUGUCGCUGACAAGGGCGGUUUUCUACAUCGUCAUGCAGACGCUUGGGGCUAUCGCCGGUGCGGCGGUGGUGAAGGGCUUCGAGAAGAGCCGCACCUUCGAGAUGCUUGGUGGCGGGGCCAACUCUGUAGCCCAUGGCUACACCAAGGGAUCAGGGCUUGGUGCUGAGAUCGUUGGCACCUUUGUUCUUGUCUACACAGUUUUCUCGGCCACUGACGCCAAGCGCAGCGCCAGAGACUCCCAUGUUCCGAUUUUGGCACCUUUGCCUAUUGGGUUCGCUGUGUUCUUGGUGCACUUGGCUACCAUCCCCAUCACUGGAACUGGUAUCAACCCAGCUAGGAGUCUUGGUGCUGCCAUCAUCUACAACAAGAAGCAUGCAUGGGAUGACCAGUGGAUUUUCUGGGUUGGACCAUUCAUUGGGGCAGCACUUGCAGCUUUGUACCACGUGGUUGUGAUCAGAGCCAUCCCCUUCAAGUCCAAGUCUUAAAUUUCUGUGUUAAUGGUUUAUGAUGAUCGUCAACAUGAUGCGUACGUGUACUUAUCGAGCUCUCUCAAGAAGCCGAUCGAUCGAGUUUGUUUAUUUACUUUUCUGUGUAUGGUUGUUAAGUGUAUUUGGUGGUAUUUUGUACGUAUUUCAGCAAGGGUUAAUGAGCUGCAAAGCAUGUGUUUGAUUUGAUCUGCUUCAAGAAUCAACGGCCCUGGUUUCCUUUCUUUUUUAGGCGAAGGCCCCCAUCUGAUGUGAGUGCUCAUUGUAUGUAAUUUGGCAGUGAAAUGUGUCCUUUUCAAUUCAGAAA